UUUGCAUCGAGUAGUUCUUGGAAAACCACAAAAAAGGAGAGUCGAAAGCCAAAAGGAGCUAUAUAUACUCAGAAAAAAUUUAUAGUCUGAUCAAUUGUUGCUAGAUUUUUCACCAUGGUUGCUUCAUUCCACAACUUUACUUUGGCUAUUGUUGCUUGUGCACUUGUCUUCUGUGUUCAAGUCACUCUAGGGAGCAUAACAUGCGAGAAUCUAAACAAGGACUCAUGCGCUUUUGCGAUUUCAAGUACUGGGAAGCGUUGCGUGUUAGAGAAACGUCUCCAAAGGAGUGGUGAAGAAGUAUAUACAUGUAAGACGUCGGAAAUUGAGGCUGAUAAGCUCAAAGACUGGAUUGAAACCGACCAGUGUAUUCAGGCUUGCGGUGUUGAUAGGAAUACUUUCGGAAUUUCUUCUGAUUCUCUCCUCGAGUGCCACUUUACCCAGAAGCUGUGCUCCCCUCAGUGCUACAAACAUUGCCCUAAUAUUAUUGAUCUCUACUUCAACCUUGCUGCUGGAGAAGGUGUAUACCUUCCCAGAUUGUGUGAAGAACAAGGUGGAAAUGCACGCCGUGGAAUGGCGGAGAUCAAAAGCUCGGGAAUACUCGCACCAUCACCGGAAUCGGAAGUCAACUCCGCCAAUUUCAUGAUUACUCCGGCAAUGGCUCCAGCUUUCUAAAUUGAACUAGUAGUCGUACUCGCGCGAUGCGCGGUCAAUAUUAAUUAAAUUAAAUUGUGAUUGAGCUUGUUUGAACAUAUUAGAUCAUAUUACUUUAAUAAAUUUCAAUUGUCAUCUUAUUUGUCAAUAUGAUAUACCUAAUAAUAAAAUCUCGAUUAAAUUAAAGGGACUUAAUAUAGUCAUUGAAUAAUUUUUUUGUCA